ACAAGCCGACACUCUCUUCUCCUUCUUAUCUUCUUACAUAUAAUCUCCAUUUUCACCGUUAACAAAGUACCAGGAAAUGGAAAGCACCACCAAGACAUCAUCAUUGUUGCUUGCAUCACUUCUUUGCGUUCUGCUCCUCUCUCAGGUGGGAAUACUGAUGGCUCAACCGGAAGCAAAAGCCCCGGCUCCAGGCACCCAAGUGGGAGAUGAAUGCCCGAAGAAGUGUGCAUACAGGUGCAGCAAAUCAUGGAAGCCAAAGAUGUGCAACAAAACCUGUGUAGCUUGUUGCCACAGGUGCCCUGAUCAUUGUGUGCCGAAUGGUCCCAGAGCUCCCCGAGAUUCCUGCUACUGCUACUCCCAGAUCAAGACCCAUAACAAGUUCAAGUGCCCAUAGAGUCUUGGACCCCCGCCUUUAUACCAGAGAGUUGGAGAGAUUAGGAAGUAAACAAAAUAAACACAUCUCAACUA